UGGCCAGAGCGGAGGGCCGGAGCCCGAGCCGGCGGAGGAGCCACGCCAGAGUUAGAUCAUGGCGACACCGAGCUCCUCGACGAAUUUCAAGACCAACUAUUCCGUGUACAGGACAAUCGAGCCUUUCUACAAAGGAGGAGCAAUUCAGAUAAGCCAAGAUGGGGAGUAUAUGUUUUGUGCUUGUGGGAGCAAGGUCAGCAUAGUGGACAUAGCGAGUGGAGAUCUUGUCCACAGUAUUGAACAGGACGAUGAAUCGGAAAUUACAGCAUUUGCUCUCAGCGAUGACGACGAAGUCCUCGUAACAGCAAGCCAAGCGCUGCUGCUGAAGCAGUGGGACUGGCCUGCGAAUAAGUGCACACGGACAUGGAAAGCUGUGCAUACAGCACCUGUAGCCAGCAUGGUGUUUGACUCAUCCUCCACUCUGUUAGCCACAGGCGGCUGUGAUAGCACCAUAAAGGUUUGGGACAUUCCCAGGCAGUACUGCACACACAACCUGAAAGGCUCGUCAGGGGUCGUCCACCUUGUCCAGUUCCAUCCAGAUAUCUCUCAGUCGCAGCUCUUCUCCUCCUCCAUGGACAACUCCAUCCGGCUGUGGGACCUUAAUACCAGCCAGUGCGUCGCUCAACUUGAAAACCACUUCAGCUCUGUUACCUCUUUGGCGUUCUCUCCAGACAAUGAGACACUCAUCAGCUCCGGCCGUGAUAAGAUCUGCACUGUCUGGGACCUGAAGACAAGGACACCCAAAGGCACUAUCUCCGUCUACGAGAGCAUCGAAUCUGUGGUCUUGUUACCAGAAGAAGGGGAUUUCUCAAAUGUGGGUGUGAAAAGAUCAGGCGCUCAUUUUCUCACUGCGGGCAGCAAAGGGAUCCUCCGUGUGUGGGACGCAUCCUCGGCCGCUUGUGUGCACAGCCAGCUGGAGCCCCACUUUCCAGCAUCAUUCAGAGUGGAGGACGAGUCUGGACUCCGCAGCCUCGUCCACUGUGCCCUGGUGCCGACGAAAAGUCAGAUCCUCGCUGUGAAUGCCGAUCGCAACAUCUGCCUGUACGACGCACAGACGCUUGAGCUCAGGAAGCAGUUUUCAGGUUACAAUGGAGAAGUUUUGGACGUCAGGUUCCUGGGCCCAAAGGACACGCACAUCGUCGUGGCUACCAACAGCCCCCAGCUCAAAGUGUUUGAGUUGGCCUCCUCGAACUGCCAGAUCCUGUAUGGCCAUUCGGACAUUGUCCUUGCCUUGGAUGUCUUCCGGAAAGGGAGGUUGUUUGCCAGCAGCGCAAAGGAUAAAACCUUCCGAAUUUGGCUGAUGCCAUACGAUGGGCCUGUCUUCUGUGUAGCCAAAGGCUUGGGCCAUUCGCAUGCCGUGGGCGCGCUCGCUUGCUCCAGAAUGAAAGAGACCUUCGUGGUCACGGCCAGCCAAGACCUUACAAUCAAAGUGUGGAAUCUCCCAGAGUCCCUGGUUUUCAAGGAAAGGUCAGCCAACAGAAAUCCAGGGAACAUAAAUUCAUCCAAUGCAAAUCCAGUCCCCGGAAAUCCAGCCAGUGGAAAUGCAGGCGCUCCAAACCCAGGUGCCGGAAGUCCAGCCAACGGAAAUGCAGGGGCCCAAAAGCCAGGUGCUGGAACUCCGGCCAACGGAAAUGCAGGUAUCCUAAAACAAGGUGCUGGAACUCCAGCCAAUGGAAAUCCACCCGCCCAAGCUCCAACCAACGGAAAGCCAGGCAAUGGAAAACCAGACAAAGUUGAAAUUCUUCAGCCCCAUGUGACAGAGAAAGCACAUGACAAGGAUAUUAACAGUGUAGCUGUUUCUCCGAACGACAAGCUGAUUGCGACGGGAUCCCAGGACAAGACAGCCAAGCUGUGGACCUCUCAAGACUGCGUUCUGCUGGGAGUCUUCCAAGGACACAGACGGGGCAUCUGGUGUGUGCAGUUCUCACCUGUGGACCAGGUCCUGGCUACCUCUUCUGCAGAUGGCACUGUGAAAAUCUGGGAUCUGCAGGAUUUCAGCUGUCUCAAGACGUUUGAAGGCCACGACUCCUCCGUGUUGAAGAUCAUCUUCGUGAGCCAAGGGGGACAGGUGCUUAGCAGUGGCUCCGACGGACUCCUGAAACUCUGGACGAUUAAGAACAGCGAAUGCGUGAAGACCUUAGACGGCCAUGAUGACAAAGUGUGGGGCCUGGACUCCAACCGGAAAGAUAACGUGGUGGUGACGGGCUCCAGCGAUUCCCGGGUCUUGCUGUGGAAGGAUGUCACCAAAAUAGAACUUGAAGAGGAGCAAGCGAAGCAAGAGGAGCAGAUCCUGAAAGAGCAGGCGCUGUCUAACUUGCUGCACGGAAAGCAGUUUCUGGAAGCACUGGGCUUGGCGAUCUCCUUAGGCCGGCCGCACACGGUCCUGACCGUUGUCAAGGCCAUUCUUAAGGAGACCGAUGGGAAAGAGGACUUGGAGAAGAACAUCAUAAAGCUGCGGAAAGACCAGAAAGAGGCCUUGCUGAAGUUCUCCGUCACUUGGAACACAAACUCGCGGAACUGCCACGAGGCUCAGGCAGUGGUGGAAACGCUCCUCAGGCACGAAACGCCGGAAUCCCUCCUGCAGUACGACGGGAUCAAAGCAGCAGUGGAGUCUCUCCUCCCGUACACAGAACGCCACUUCCAGAGGCUGGGCCGGUUACAGCAGGCCUCCAUGUUCCUUGAUUUCAUGUGGCAGAACAUGAGGCUGGCUGACGGGUCCAAAUGGGACGAGGAGAUGGAGACGUGACCGGGGCUGGCUGGCCGAGGCUGGGGAGACUGCGAUCAUCUGCCCUGUGCCCUUUUGUGUGCAGACGCAGGUUGGCGUUCCCGCGAGCAGCAUAGUUUAAAAUGUUUGUAAAAUAAACGUGUGUUUUUUUUUAAUUUUA